AUGAGGAGGGAGAACCAGAGCAGCGUGUCCGAGUUCCUCCUCUUGGGGCUCCCCAUCCAGCCAGAGCAGCAGGGCAUGUUCUUCGCCCUGUUUCUGGGCAUGUACCUGACCACAGUGCUGGGGAACCUGCUCAUCAUCCUGCUCAUCAGGCUGGACUCUCGCCUCCACACCCCCAUGUACUUCUUCCUCAGUCACUUGGCCUUCACUGAUGUCUCUUUCUCAUCUGUCACUGUCCCAAAAAUGUUGAUGGACAUGCAUGCUAAGUACAAAUCCAUCCCCUAUGCAGGGUGCAUUUCACAAAUGUAUCUUUUUAUAUUUUUUACUGACCUGGACAGCUUCCUUAUUACAUCAAUGGCAUAUGACCGCUAUGUGGCUAUAUGUCACCCUCUUCAUUAUACCACCAUCAUGAGGGAAGAGUUAUGUGCCUUACUAGUGGCUAUAUCUUGGAUCCUGUCCUAUGCCAGCUCCCUUUCCCACACCCUUCUCCUCACCCAGUUAUCCUUCUGUGCUGCUAACACCAUCUCUCAUUUUUUCUGUGACCUUAGUGCUCUGCUCAAGCUGUCCUGCUCAGACAUCUUUCUCAAUGAAUUGGUCAUGUUCACAGUAGGGGUGGUGGUCAUUACCCUGCCAUUCAUAUGUAUUCUGGUAUCUUAUGGCUACACUGGGGCCACCAUCUUGAAAGUUCCUUCCACCAAGGGGAUCGGCAAAGCAUUGUCCACAUGUGGCUCCCACCUGUCUGUAGUGUCUCUGUAUUAUGGGUCAAUAUUUGGGCAGUAUCUUUUCCCCAAAUUAAGCAAUUUCAUCAACAAGGACAUCGUUGUGGCUCUUAUGUACACAGUGGUCACACCCAUGUUGAACCCUUUUAUCUACAGCCUUAGGAACACGGACAUGAAAGAGGCCCUGGGGAAACUCUUCAGUAGGGCAACAUUUUUCUCACAGUGA